AUGAGCUCAAGCUUGGCAUCUGAAGAUCUUCUUUCCAUUCGGACCUCGUGCGACAGAUGCCGCUCUCAGAAGCUCAAAUGUCUUGUCAAGCCCUCACCAGACACUGCAAUCACCGCCAUAUCCUGUGAGAGAUGUGUCCGUGCGAUGGUUCCAUGCACCUUCAGCCGUCGAAACAGACACAAGCGGAAAGCGUCGGCCUCGGACGAGAAAGAAAGAACCAACAAGGCCGCGGCGGUCCUCAACCCCGACGGACAUGCUCGUCCGACCUCGUUACCUCACCCCGCGUGUCUUAACAACCAACCCCCACUUCCGAUGGGACCAGACUCUAUCACAAUCGCAAGGUAUAUGAAAACUCCAGAAGAGGAAAUUUUCGAUCUCGAAUUUGGCUGGAAUCAAGAACCAGCCCAAGGCGUUCUGGACCCGAGCGGACCUUCAAACAUACUAGAACAGCCUAGGAGAAUCGACAAACCCAUCAAAAGCGUGUUUGAGGCACACGGCUUCAUGCAAGACGAAAAUAUCCUUUCCAAUAAUAUGAACUUCACAGGCCAAGAGAAUGAUGACCCACACCGAGGGCGUCAGGAGAUUAGCCCCGCUGCAUCAGAGAGUCAUGAUAUCCAACUCUACUCGAAUGAUCUUCCGAAUUUUGCAGAGGGGACAAUGACUUCACGGCGCACUACUAGUGCAAGAAUGCUGCUGGCACUCGCGUCGGACCUAUAUGAAAGAUUGGAAACACUGGAAACCGGCCCGUGGCAGUUUAACGAAGCAUAUCCUUCCUUGGAUGCAUAUCCGAUCGGAGCAAUCCUCAAUCUAUCUCGGCAACUCACCAUGGCUACAAACGCUUUGCAUAGAGACAAAGCAGAAGAUUCAUCCUCGAUUUCGAGCCAGACAUGCUCGACAAAUGGCCAUGAAAACGGUUACCGGAGAUUAGACUGUGAAAGUUCAAGGUGCAUUUCUACUACUAUGUCUACCGACACAGCCUUUGGCGACUCAUCGACCACGCACAUCCUCCUGGGGUGUUACAUUACGCUUUCUCAAAUCCAUUUUCUUGUUCUAGACCACUUUAAGCGUUAUCUGAGCUUACAACCCAAUGCCCAAGCCUGGGUACCUUCAGCAGGUGGAAAAAUCGGACCGACCAUUUGCGUUGGCGAACUCCCGUCCAUGAACGAUAUGUACAGCCGCAUUCAUACCGCUGUGUUUCUUCUUCUCAAUUGUUUCGCAGAGGUGGAAGAAGCUUUAGGCCUGCCCCCACAGAUACGAUCUGCCAAAGGACAUGAAUUAUCGGGUAGAAAUACCGCCGACAGUGGCACGAUUGAUGAUCCACUUGCUUUUAGAUCUACUAGCUGGGGCCACAUGGUCUGUGCGACGGAAAUUCAGGAAGAAUUCGCCGCUUUUGGGAGAAAGGUGGUGGAAAUCAAGAAUCUAUUACGUGAGAAAUUGGAGUUGUAG